CCCAGACGCCGACCGGGCAGGAAGUUUAGUGUGUGUCUCACACACGGCAUCAGACGACCGAACAGACUUCACUGAGGAAAAAUGGCAUGAGAUAGGGGGGCAGAGGUGUCCUUUUGCCCCCGUUUGUCUCUGCCUAGUCUAACCUGCUUAGCUAGUUAGCGGUUUUGAUGCAUUCGCGAAACCUGUAACUUAUAGCUAAGUUAGCUUGCCAUUUCGAGUUAACCUCGGCGAGUCCUCCAAUACACCAAACGAAAAUCUGACAAAGUCGCCAAGGGAAAUAUGGCAAACGUGAAAGUCGCGAUUCGAGUUCGACCACUCAGUGCUAGGGAGAGCAAAGAUGGCGGCCGGAUAGCCGUGCAGGUGGAGGACAAGGUGGUGAGGAUCAGGAACAUGAAGCUGGACGGACGUCUGGACGGCCAUGCGGACUCCAGGGAGAGGCUGAUGGAGUUCGGGUUCGACUACUGCUACUGGUCCGUGGACCCUGAGGCCUCCCACUACGCGUCCCAGGAGGAGGUGUUCCAGGACCUGGGUGUUUCGGUGCUGGCGGGGGCGUCUGAGGGGUACAACGUGUGCCUGUUCGCUUACGGACAGACCGGCUCGGGGAAGACCUACACUAUGAUUGGCACACCGGCCUCCAUCGGCCUGACCCCGCGAAUCUGUCAGGGCCUGUUCAGGACGGAGGACGGCUCUGCAGAGGGACAGAGCCCCUGCAGGGUGGAGGUCAGUUUUUUGGAGAUCUAUAACGAGCGCGUGCGUGACCUGCUGCGGCGCUCUGAGGAGAAGAAGCCGUCCCCGCUGCGGGUUCGAGAGCACCCCGAGAAGGGGCCCUACGUGCAGGGCCUGUCGCAGCACGUGGUGUCGGACUACCAGCAGGCGGUGGACCUCCUGGAGGAGGGCAUCUCCAAACGCAUCACGGCCGCCACGCACAUCCACGACGCCAGCAGCCGCUCCCACGCCAUCUUCAGCAUCCAGUACACGCAGGCUAUUCUCGAAAACAACCUUCCCUCUGAAAUCGUCAGCAAGAUCAACCUGGUGGACUUGGCUGGCAGCGAGAGGGCGGACCCUAAUUACUGCCGGGACAGGAUCACCGAGGGCUCCAACAUCAACAAGUCCCUGGUGACCCUGGGCAUCGUCAUCUCCGCCCUGGCCCAGAACUCCCAGAUGUUCAGCAGCUGCCAGAGCAUCAACAGCGUGGCGAGCGAGGGGGAGGGCAGCACGGGGGGCAGCCUGUCCAGCUCGCUGUCCGGGGGGGCGCGCCGCCACUGCUUCAUCCCCUACAGGGACUCCGUCCUCACCUGGCUGCUGAAGGACAGCCUGGGGGGCAACUCCAGGACCAUCAUGAUCGCCACCGUGUCCCCCUCCUGCAGCAGCUACAACGAGACGCUCAGCACGCUACGCUACGCGGCGCACGCCCGGAACAUCGUCAACAAGCCCCGCGUCAACGAGGACGCCAGUGUGAGGCUGAUCAGGGAACUGCGGGAGGAGAUCGACAGGCUGAAGAGCAUGCUGCUGAGCUACGAGAUGCAGCGGAACCCCAGCCCUUCUUUGAGUGACGAGCGGGACGGAAGCAUCUCCGACCUGGUGCUGCAGAACGAGCUGAAGGUCGAGCAGCUGACUAAAGACUGGUCGGACCGAUGGCGGGACCAGAAGGAAGUGCUGGAGCAGUACAGCGUGGACAUCAACCGCGACCGGGCGGGCUUUUUGAUCCGCUCCCUCCUGCCCCACCUCAUCGCCCUCGACCGGGACGUCCUGAGCACGGGGGUCACCUUCUACCACCUCAGGGAAGGGGUGACUGUGAUCGGACCACACGACCAAUCCCAAAUAGUCCUGCAGGGGGAGUCGAGCUGUGAGAUUGUGAACCAGCAGGGCACUGUGACCCUGAGACCCGUGCCUGGCAGCGUCUGCACGGUCAACGAGCGGGAGGUGACCGAACCAUGCCGACUUGCUCAAGGGGCGGUGAUAGCGCUGGGCGGGGCGCACAAGUUUCGCUUCAACCACCCGGCGGAGGCGGCCGUCCUGAGGGAGCGGAGAAGGGAGAGUGAAGGUAUCCUGGACUGCUGCUCCACUGACCUGAGUCCCCUCGCCUCCAGUGGCAGGCCAGAGGGGGACAGGUGCUGGGAGGAGGGCGGGGGCGGGGGCGACGGCAGCGGGGCGUCGGCGGCACACCCCCCCAGGCAGCGGGUGGAGGAGCAGCAGCGCUACAUCGAGUGCCUGCGGGAGGAGAUCCAGGCGGAGCAGCAGCGGGCGGAGCUGGAGCUGGAGAGCGAGCAGGCGCACCUCAGACAGCAGCACAGAGAGAUCCAACAGUGGAUAUUGCAGGAAAAGCAGCGUCUGGCCGCCAGUGAAGAGAAGGGGAAGCAAGAGCUCGGGGUGCAGACGGACCCGGUGUCCUCGCCCCGCCCAGAGGGCGUGGCCUGCGAGGCCAUGGAGGGCGGGAGCGGCCCCGCUGCGACGCCCCUGCCGGCGACAAUCGGAGACAGGAAGAGGGUGGUGCAGGAGGAGCUGCUGCGACACCACGCCUUGCGCCGGGCCGAGAACCGGGUGCGCCGCAAACGCCUGCACUACCAGCUGGAGCGGAUCGCUCAGAAGCGCCACCUGCUGGAGGCCAAACGGGAACUGCAGCGGCUGGAGAGCGCCCUUCCCCCGGGGCAGGACAGCCCGACGUCGCCUGAGCUGGGCCACCUGUCCAGGGCGAGAGGGCCUCCGCGCGUCCUCCGCAGGCACUCCUUCUCCGCGGACAUCCUGUCUCGCCUGUACCCCCAGCACACCCCCAGCUUCAGUCAUUUUCUUAGAAGAAACAAGUCAUCAGAAUUUUCCCCGGCAUUUUGGAGGUCUUCAGACCCUCGAAAAUGGGUGUCAGACGAGUGUCUUCCAUCCAAGAGGACAAGAAGUCGAGCCAACACCAUGCCCUCUGAAUUUAGCCGAAGUUUGGACUGUCAAACAAGCUUUCCAGAAAGGCUGAAUGCAUCCACGAGGCAUGUUCCUGUUGUAAUGAACGGGGCAGAAAGGAGAUCUUCACUCUCAAAAAAUGGAUCUAUUGGAAGUCAUGGGGAAGCUUCCCAGUCAAGCAUUGAUGCUUCAGAGCAAUGCAGUAAAGUCACAAAAAAGUGUGUGUCAAUGUCAGCGAAGUCCAGUGGCCCUAACCCGCCCAAGGGAGUCAAAAGCCCCUCCCAGGGUAACAAGAGCCUGGAGAGAAUCCGGAAAGCAUUCUCCCGUUCUGUCGGCCCGGGAAUCCGGACUGCGCUGUCGAGGGUGUUUCGAAAACCCCCGUCUGGAUUUAACCGCAGAGGUACCAAGUCCCUCGGCAAGACCGCAAACAGAUCGCAAGAAAAUUCAGAGCUGAAGGAAACAAAGGUGGCGGAAGAACACUCGAUAAAAAUGGCGGUGUCUUGUGAGGACUUGAAGCGGCCGACAUCGUCUAAAGAGACGAGGCAAAGGCGCUGGAACAGCGCAGAGGUCUUGGGUAAGGCGUCUGAAAAACCCGCGAGUAGGCAGUGGAAGCUGGCAGGCUGGACAGAGAACAUGCAGGAGGAGCAAGGAGAUGGUUCCUCAGACUGUGACAGCUCGUACUCCCUGGACUCCCUCUCUUCUGCCUACGCUACAGCCCUGGCUGAGCAGCUGAAGCAGGAGGACUCCGAAAUGAGCGAAUGCGAUGGAAAGAGUGAAGCAGAAAGUGUGGACAGCCAGAUGUCCCAGGAUUCCCUGGUGACGGACAGCAGCAGGAAGAAUGCCACCGUGAGGACCGUUUCCAAGUCGACAGAGGCGUGCCAUCAACUAGCCUCGACUCGUCACCGCAUUCCUUCUGGCAAAGAGAGGAGGGUCCUCAGCAGGCAGUCAGCUGGCAAAGAAGUCGUGGAAAUGCUCUCCUCUCUUGAUUCCUGCACCUCUGAUGACAUGCCAGCAGAGGCGUACUGGGGACUCUGUGGUGCGUCCCAGCCAAAUGUAGCACAUAAACCGGAAGCGGUGAAGGAGGCUGUUCGACCACCAAAGUGGACAGUCGUGUCUAGAGAGACGCGGAUCAGUGAAGAGUCAGCUGGUGGUCCUCCUGUGACCGACGGCAUUCCUCGUCCAUUUUCAGCUUCCAGUAUUAGAGAGCAAGAGAAUUCGCUGGUGUCAACCGAUGCAUGGUCCUCCACAGAAACAGACAGUCCCAGAAUUUGCAGAGCCUCAACUGCCACAACCCAACGGAUACUGUACAAUCCAGCAGAAGGCAGUAGCAACACUCAAAGUAGCAUGGACCUCUCAGAUAGCCCGAGGAGCUCUGAAAGCCAAGACUGGUCCAACACCGACUGCACAGAAGGUGAAAACACAACUGUAGAGCGACAGAAAUACUGGGAUUCAGAGACUAGCUCCAGCUCUUCUGUGUUACCGAUAAUGCUUGGAGAUGAGACUAUGCUAGCAUCACUGGACACCAUUACAGAGCCUGUUCCAGGGCCCAUAUUCUCAGAAGUCAGCCAUUUUGAAGGAUGCCCAAUGAACCUAUCAGGCAAAGGAAAUGAGGGAGAAGCAACUGCAAGUAUGGAAACAUCCGACUGUCCCAAAAGAUGUGGGAACAAUCAAACUGAAAAUAUGCCCUUUGAUGGAAGUCUUUGCAAAACUGCAGCUGUUUCUUUCUCUGCUUGUAAAAGUCCUCCAACCCCAACCAUAGUAUGCCAAAAUCUCGAACCAGACAAUGAGCCUGUGACAUCACAUAAGUCUGAGAAACUGAUGAUUAGAUCUAUGUCAGAACAGCUUCAAGUGGGUGCAAGUGAAUCUGCCUCAUCUAUGGUAGAAGAGAUAAACAGCAAUGUCACAGACGUUUCAUCGAAAGAUGACCACUCAUCUCCUGAAUGCACAGUACAAGGUGAAAACAUAAUCGAGAAUCUGUUUCUUGCAAACGGUGAUGUUGGUACUGCUGAACUUCUUUCAGUAAACCUUUCAGAAUUUGAUAUGAACACAUCAUGCAGGAUUGAUGAAGGCACACCCUCAUCUUGUCCCCCAGAACCUCAAUGUAACUUUAAUGAAGGAUCAAUCGUACAUAGUAUAAGACUCCCCUGUAGUGAAAUGGUUCAAGUGAGCUUCAUGGAGGAAUCAGCAGUGGGUUGCACACAUCAAAAUGACCAUCCUGAUACUAAAAAUACCUCUGAUAAGAUAAAAAUUCAGACCGUCAAGGCCGACAUUUCAGAAUUGUCAAAUCCAUUGCAGCAUGUUGAUUGCCAGGACAGAAAAGAUAUGCAGAAUGGAAUAAAAGCUGAAGGCCAGAGAAUAAUGAACAGUGACAGUCUGAUAACUUCUGGAAUAGUCUGCAAAACAGAUCAUUUUCAACUAGAAAGUAAUCAAAACAUUUCUGUGUGCACUACUAUUUUGCAUUCUCAGACAGUUUCUCAGGAAAUUUGUCAAGUGAAGGAGGCUGUGAUCAGCUAUAUCCCAGAGAAUGUCUUAAAGAUGAGUACAAACAAACACUCUUCAAGUACUGAUCAUAGUGGGAAGGAGCAAAUCGCGACCAUGUCAAGAAAUAAUAGAUAUUCCAUUGAUUCAGGAGAAAUUGUUGAGGGCGAAAAGAAAAAUGGAGUAUUCUCUGAAUCCAAAGAGAAGGAAGCUUUCAGAGUGGCUCAAAGUGAAUCUUUUGAAAUCCAUAACCCCUCUAUAGAUGUGGAAGAAGCCAAAGUAUUGACCAUUUCCAAAGUUGAAGGAGAAGCAGUGAAUGAGAAGGUGGAUUUUGAAGUUGUUGACAGUAUGUCUUGUGAAAUGGAUCUGGACAAAUCAAAGGGUCAUGAAGAGACAUUUGAUGGGGAAGAGUGGGAGGACUGUGAAACUGAAGAGACCAAAGACUGUUUAGAGAAAAAGGUGAAUAAGCAAUACAAGCCUGAAAAAAUGGCUGUGCACUUAAAGAAAGGUGUAAUCCACAGUGCCAUACCUACCACAUAUGAAUCAUUCAAGGUGUCUGGUAGAGGAAAUGAUUCAAGAAAAAUUGAAAAACUCGGAAUGCAUAGAGGCAAAGAGAAACUGCCCAGAAUCCCAAAGAAAAUAUGUACAGCAGAAAAGAAUAUAACUACAGCUGCACCUGGGGACUCCGAGGGGAGUAUGAGAAAUAACGAGGAAUGUGACUGUAACCACACCAGAGAGGCCGAGUUUAAAAAAUCUCCUGCAACAUUUGAUUUAUCAAACAGUUCAUCUUUUCUUUGUUACACAGAAAAGAGUGCACCAGCCGAUAAGGACUUAGGGUUGUCUACAAGCCAAAAUAAUGUGGCUGAGAUCUGUGAUAAAACAAAUUGUUUUCAAGCAACAAAUAAAGGCCUGGAAACUUAUGUAGAAGAAAAGAGUAGAGAAAACGAACGUAGUCCAAUUGACCAGGAAAUCUCUAAAGUUGUGCAAAAGCACAUGAAGGCAUCUUUGAAAGAAGGUCAGGAAGAUGUAGGUGCUGGUGAUGAAGAGUCCAGUGCAUUUAUGUUGUUGACUGUGCACUGGGAUAAAGAUGAAUUUGAGGAAUCAAACCCAUGUGCCUUAUCCAGGGUCAUCAGACCUCAUGUUCAGGGAAAUCUUUCAAGUCUUCCUGAGAUGAGCGAUGCCUCGGAAGCAAAGGACCUCAGAGACCAUCUCCGGAAUUCUGGAGCACUUUUUUCUGAGAGCUCAAUGUUCCCAGUACUUCCACCUUUCAUCGAGAUCAAACCCCUCCAGGAUGACUGUGUCAGGGCGGAUAUGGCUAACUUUGAUCCUGAACAGCACAGUGCUAAUGCCCUUACAUUACUUUCCAAGAACUGUACAGUGUUGUUACCCAAAGCAAUGGAAUCAAGUCCCUCAGAGAAGAAUGGAACUUCAAGCUAUGAGGGCCAGAAGAUGAGAGGCAAAGACAUAGAUGUGCAGUCAUUUGACAAAAUAAAUUACGUUCAGAUUGGCCGCAGUGGUAAAAUUAGCUCAAAUACGUCUGAACCUGCAACAGAAGAACAUGGAGAUGCUCAAAUGCUAGCCUAUGGCAGUUUACCUAUGAACCUUGAGCUAAAAGACUCCAGACAAAUGCAUCCUAACACAUCAAAAGCGACAAGCAUUGAUGAUUGUACAUGUAUAACAGAUACACCGAACAACCAACUGAGAGAGAACGUUUCUCCUGCAGCAAACCCCGACCGAGAUGAAAUUAUGGUAGAAGAAAGGAUCUUGGAAAGUAAUGGAACUAAAGAUCCUAUAACCAUUAAUACCCCUGGAUACAAAACUGAAGGUGCAACAAGUAUAGAUCAGUCCUGUGCGUUUAGGAGGGACUUGACUGCAAUUCCAGGGAAGGAUGAAAGGCCAGACAUCAACAGCAAACAAGUAGUGGAGCAGAAGAAUAAAGGAAGUAAAAUAUGUUCUUCUCCAUAUCUUUCUGAUGACUCUCAUGAUUAUAAAUCAAGGAGUAAUAUGCAGCUUGGAGAAGUUAGCCUAGCACACAUCAGUAUGCCUGCCCUGCAACCAGAUGGAAAUUAUUUAGAAAAUGUUUGUCCCUCACCCACAGUGGGGUUUGUGUCUCAGAUGAGGGAAGAGAAAGGAAAUAUAGUUUUCCCACCUUCAGAAGGCUUUGAGGCCAGUGCACAGCCGAGACAAUCCUGUCCUAAAACAAACGACAGUGAACUUCAUGGACUGGGCAGUGAGGAUUACUUUGACGUACGGAUGUCCCGAUGGACUGGUUCAGUUGAGCAUGCCUCCCAGGACAAACUGGAAGAAAUCCUUAAACCCCGAGCUGGAGUUCCCGAUUUUAUUGUUAAGGUGGAACAAAAACUGAACUCUGACACGUCAAGUAAAUUUUCCAGCUCUAAUUCGGAGCAUGAAGACAAAAUCAAUGCAACAUGCUCAUUGAACACUGUGGAGCCAAAGGCUGACUGUGAGCAUCCUCUCCGAAAUGAUCUCGAAGGCUAUUUGUGUUCUGCUAAAGACUUUUUCCUUGAAUAUGAGGCGCGUCAUCAAUACAAGGUCAUGACUGAAAUUCCUGAUAUGAAGUCCACUAAUGUUGUCACAACAUAUGGUUCCCACUACAACAGCAAUGUGUGUGAAUCUGAUGGAGUUUCUUGUUUUCAGCAGGCAAGUUUUGAGGAAAUUGCAAAGCCGGCUGAGAAGAUUGGCUCAGCAUCCGUUAAAUCGUCCCCUGAGAUACAAUCUCACAGUUUAUCACGACAUUUGAGAAACAGUCAAUCUAACAGAAUCAAAGGUGCUUCAUCCAUUUGUAAUGUAACCAAGAAUUUCAGUCCAUCCUCUUCAGAAAACUGUUUGGAAAGCAUUGAUGAUCAAGUUGAAAAAGGGUCUAAAACCCAGUGUAGUGAGAACUGUGCUUCCACACGCCAAACCAAUGAGUCACAAGAGAUAGCACACAGCCUCCAAGAAGCUAAAAGAGAAUCAUCCAGCCCAAGCUAUGCACAACAUGAAAGUACUGAAAUCAUAAAGAAGCUGUUCCUUAAAGGAAUCAAAGAAACAAUCGUAACUGAGACCAGUUGCCUUGUAAAUGUAGGACUUGAAUUUAAAAACAGUGAUGCCUCCGUUUCAUCUCAUUUACCAUCUCAAAUGAAACGGGACGGCCACUGUUUAGAGUCGAGAGUUAAUGGUUUUGGAGACGGAGAGAUGUUAAAGUCUGAUCAAGCGGGACGCCCACAGUGUAGCAAUAAUGCUGUAAGUAAUGCUGAUCACCAAAGGGGGAAGCAAAAGCGGUUUAGAAGGGUGAAUCCAAGGGCACCAUCCACGUCAUCAACUGAAUCUAUGCUGGACUCAUCUCCAGAAGAAAAGACUAUAUCUAGAGUGUAUCCUGGCAGGAUACAAAGUAGGUCUGAAGCUCAAACACCUUUAAAGCUAGAUACGCUUGUUAACAGCCGUAAGGUAUGCAGUGGUUUCACCAAAGGCCAAGGUGUAACAUCUGCAGUAACUAAGACUAGUAAUGAACUUGAUGAUAAACCCAGAAAUGGAGGUAGCAGGUGCCAGAGGCAAACUCACUCCAACAUGAGGCCACUAAAACCUCAUAUAGAGUCGCACGUGGAAAAAAAGUCAGUUGCCCACAGUGAAACUAGUACAUGUGGACCUAAAAGCUUAAAAAAAGGCUCCCAUGAAACCCUAAAACCUUGCCUUAAGCAGCAUGAGCUAAGUGUUGCUAAGCAAGAGAAGGUCCUGCAACAAGAGAGUCAGACAUUGCCUAAAAAGGAUGCAGCAAUGCACUUUGCUUCCAGUGAUAUCAACCCCUUUUUCCAUUCUUGGCAAGAGACGGAGUCAAGCAAAGGGACCUAUAAAAACCAGGUUUUUGGAAGUGCCACUGACAUCUCCUGCAAAGGAUCUCUGCUGGACGAUCAUAAAAGCCAAGUCACCAGGUGUCACAGCGUUGAUAAUGGAUUAAACGAUCAAAACUCCCCCUUUCAAUCUCAUCUGAGUGCCUAUGCUAACAAGAAAGAACUCUCCAGCAGUUUUGAAGAUUUCAAGGAGCAGGACUCUUCAGAGCUCCAAUCGUGCCACUACAUGUCCUACCCAGACAGUGUACAGAACCCAAGAAGGUGUGAUUCUUACAGAAAUGUUGUCUCUGGUGAUCCUGGCAACAGCUCAGGUCAAGUGGAUGAAAUAAUGUUAGUUUACUCCUCUGAGCAGGAGUCUGUAGCUGGUCCACUCAAAGACUAUUCCAUGUUAGCCUGUGACCAAAGUACACAGACAACGAUAGUGGAUAGCAGGCAGAAAAAGAAGAGUCGUCACAAGCGGAGUAGUACCCAGGUACCAAUGACCAGGAUGGAUACCACUGGAACUGGAGUGCCUACCACGUGGGCAAGCCUUCAGAAUAUGUCCCUUCAUCUCUCUGAGCUGAUCUACAAUACAUCUGAUCUGCUGGGGAACAUACAGUGCAUCAGAGCCCAAGAAUCCCUUCCCAAAACUGAUCGGCAUGGUAAUGUUGUAGCACAUCCACUUUUCGCUGGAUCUGGAAAGAGGGAUUGUUCAACCCAAACCGUUGUGGACAUUGGGAUCCAAACUGAAGGGUUUCCUGUGCUUGGAGGUUACAGGGACAUCAAUAAAAAACAAAUAAUUGAGAAGGCCAAACCUCAUGAAGUCAACGUGAUUGUGAAAGUAAUUGGUUCAGAUGUGCUUAGUGUAUCACAAGAUCAGGAGGAUAUUAUACUUAAUGUGCAGGACAGAGCAAAGUAUGGAAGGACAGGUGAAAAGAUGCAGAGUAUGCCCAAUCUCUGGCAAAAUAACUCUGGUGGAACUGAGUGGACUCACACCUCAAUGGAAUCUGCUUCUCAGACAGUUCGGACCUCCACACCUUCCUUAGUGACAAAUGUGCAGUGUUACAGCUGCUCUAAUCAUGACAGUUCCCUCAAAUUGUCUCCCAGGCACAUACCUGAACAGGUGUUCUCUACCAACAUUGGAAUCUCGAGGGUCAGCAGCAGUUCCUCAAAUGCAGCCAGUCAGGGAAACCAGACCUCCUUGAGGGAUGGGUCUCAAUGUCUUAGUGCUCAUCAGAAAACGUGUCCCAAACAAGUGUGUUUCAUUGACCGUGCUUCCUCGCCCAUACUUACAGUAGAGUCUGGGACAGGUACCCAGUUAGGCAGGAGUAAAUCCGCUCAGUGCCUGGUGAACCAUCAAAAGGUUGAGAUGCAAGAAUCAGUUUGGGAGCAACAUGAGGUCCAGUCUGCCCCUUUGAGAAGUUUACAUGACCAAGCAGAAAAGGGACUUCUAUCUAAGCAUGCAAACAGGGAAGAGCAGAGCCAACAAACUUGUGAUCACUCUGGAAAGCUAAGUCGGCUAACUUCAAAUGGAUCCAUUGGCUGUUUCACUCCUGAAAAUGUGAGUGAUCUCAGUGAGCAUAGUUACCAAACAGUGGAGAGGUGCUCUGUGAGUCUGAAGAUCUCAAGAAAUUUUAUGGAUAUAGCUAAGCAGCAAACUGCUAAGGUUUCUAAACCUUCAAGUAACCAAUCACCUAACCAGAGUCCUAGAUGGGCCACUCUUCCUCCAUAUUUAAGUGAUGGGGCCCCUUUUCAGAGUCAAGUUUCCUUAGUAAAGCCUGGGGAACAAGAUGAGUGUCCGCAUCUUGGUUGCAGACAAGACAGACAAGAGCCUUCAAACGAGAAGUCUCUAUUGUCCAGCCUUGAUAAACAGCUGAGCUACAGCGCAUCUGCUCUGGAAAACUACCAUAGAACGUUUGAUGAUGUUGGCAGGUGCUGGAAUGGCCCUUCUGAACCUUCAAAUAUCAGUGAGGCCACUGUCCAGCUUCAGGAAGAUGAUGCAGUAUCAUUAGCACCAAGUGAAUGCAACACAGACAUCCUCAUCAACAUUAAUCCUCUCCUGAAUGUCAGCCAGAAGGAACACCGGAGGGUCCCUGAGGAUCUGCCAAUGCACAACAAGUUCACCAACUGGUCGGGCGUCAGCUAUCAUCCUCCAUCAAUCGCCAGCAGUGGCGUGGUUCAGUCAGUCUCGAAGCGUAGCAACAGGGUGAAAGAGAAAAGCAGCUGUGCACACCAGAGCAGCUCAGAAAGCCAGGGGUCAGGUGAUGCAGAGGCGAUGACUCCCAAAAGCAGAAGGACAAAAGAGAUCGAGAUGCUUCGUAAGGAGCGGGAGCAAGUGAUGGCUGCCGUCCGGCUGGACAUGAACCCGCACCAGCUGACCGUGGAACUGACUGAGGCCAAGCUGCAUUAUGGCCUUGGGGAAACCGAUGCACUACUGAAGUUGCUGAAGACCAACUCCAAAGAGGAGUCCCGUGGCAUACCUACAAAACAGCAACUGUAUGACCAACACAGGAGGAGCAUCGAAGGAUUGCGCCAGGAGAGGGAGGCACGCCUCCAAACUUGCCGACGGGCACGCAGCCUGAGUCCCAGCAAGCACCUCACCUCCCAGGUCCAAGGGGCAGAAACGCCCACCAGGGCGCCUGAAUUGCCCAGCCGACGCAGGGAGUACCUGCAGCAACUCCGGCAGGAGGUGGUGGAGAGCACCAGAGUUCCGGAACCCCCGAAGCAGGCAGGUCAGUGGCCCUCGGAGAUCGAGCUGAUGCUGCGGGACUACGGCCGCGCCCGCGAGGAGGCCCGGACGGAGAUCGCGCGCGCCAGGGACAGGCUCCGCGAGAGGACCGAGCAGGAGAAGAGACGGCUGCAGCAGCAGGCCCUGUCCCGAGCCGUGAAGGAUGACCUGCGUUCACGGACCCGCGUCAGUAGCAGCACCCUCUGCACUGGGUCAAGCCUCAGCUUGUCUUCGGGGCCUACCUCUGGCUACAACAGCAGCAACACUGCCCUUCUAAAAGAAGGUGCCAAUUCUGCACAGGUUCUGCAGGUCCCUGGGUGCCCAGAAGAUGGAGGUUUGAAGGUCAGAGGUCGUCCUCCCAUACGCGCCUCACAGAAUUUUGAACUUCAGCGUCCCUGGCUGUCAGUCCAGGAUGUACGUUUGGAGGUUCCAGUCUCUGGGACUGACUCCCAGCUGCCCUCCCCAUGUGGACACCAUCGCACAUUGUCUCACAGUUCAGCUUCCUCCAUAUCCACCUCGUACCGGGACAUCGCCAAAUACACUCAUGACUGCGCCAUUGCUGAGGUGCGCUCAGCUGCAGCAGGAGACCUGGGGAACCUGCUGGAGGGGAGGGCUUCCAGUGGAUGGAGGUAUCAGGGAACGGAGCGAGGGGUACAGGCCUUCUACAAGCCUUCCUCCAGCCCCUCCGUGUAUGGCUUUCUUGGGGCUAUGGAGCUGGAAAGGCCCUUGCCCAGCCUGUGGUGCAUGAUCCGGGACCACUCCAAAGCCCACCUGUACAACGAGUCAGUCCGCUCUGCCUGGACCCGGCCGCUGGAUGACAGCACACAGUUGGUGUACCUGUUGACUGACACCUCGGCCUGCCACCUCAGCCAACCAAGAGACUUCUGCUGCAUCAGCACAGAGUCCAAGCAGGGUGAAUGGGUGCUGGCCAUGCGCUCGGUGUUUGAGGAGUCUCUCCCACGCCCCAGUAUCGAAGCCGUCCGGGGGGAGCUGCUCCCCAGUGCCUGGGUCCUGCAGCCAAUGCUUCGCCAGGGUCGAGAGGUCAUCAGGGUCAUAUACCUGCUGCAGGUGGACUUAGGGACUCCUGCACUCCCACAAAGAAUCUUGAGCGUGGUUGCCAGGAAACAAGCAGCGGUAGUCGCUGAGCUGGACGCUUUCCUGUCGCUCUGAAAACGUGGAGCUGAUGCAUCACAAUGAGCACUUAAGCUAAGCCUGAAUUGGAGUUGGAGCUUCACUAAUAUUUGCACCUUAUUACA